GUCUUCUAUUGCAAAGCAAGCGGAAGGAUAAUAUGCAUUUUUAUUAGUAGCGGGAGUGGAGCGAUUUUAUGCCUCGGUUUUUUGCAUUUUCAAUUGAAAAAAUUGAUGGCUUCUUAUGCGUCCUUCAAAAAUAAGCGAUGAGCAGCAUAAAAAGAAUAAGUUUUCUCGAUGAAGACAAUAAAAAACAAUGGGAUAUUUACAUAAAAGAGGUAAAGCAAUAAAGUCAAGUGUGUUUGGGAUUGGGGGACAGGUUAUUUUUUUUUAUGGUCGCAAAGAUACAGUAAAAUGACAUGACCCCAUUUCAACGACAUCAGAUGUUGAACCCUGCUUAUGGUUGUUAUAUUUGGCCAUCGGCUUUGGUCAUGGCCGAGUUUGUUUGGUUUUUUAAAUCAGAAUUUGAAAAUAAAGUUCUAUUGGAGGUUGGAGCAGGCACGUCACUGCCAUCACUUUUAUUAGCAAAAGCAUCGAUAUUGAAAAGAGCCAUUCUAAGCGAUACUCAAAGCACCUUACCGGUGAUUCAAGGAUGUGUCGAUUUGAACACAUUAGAGAUACCUGUACAUAUCCAGGCGUUGAAUUGGGGCACGUUUGGAACAGCAGAAGACAGUAUAGACACAUUCGUUCAAAACACAGUAGAGGCCAAAUGGAAUACAAAGAUCGAUUACAUUAUUGGAAGUGAUACCUUUUACGAGCCUUCGCAAUUUGAAAAUUUACUCACUCUUGUGUCCUAUGUCAUACAUCAGCACAAUCCUCAAUGUAAAUUCAUCACGGCUUAUCAAGAAAGAAGUCCUAAAAGAAGCAUCCAAUAUUUACUGGACAAAUGGCAUUUAAAGUGCAAACUUAUACCCAAAGAAUCAUUUGACUUUGACGAAAUUAAAUACACUCAUCCUGAAGACAGUCUUUCCAAAGUGAAAGUGAAUGCAGGCUCUUUAUCCAGUGUAUUUGUAUUAGAAAUAUCUAGGUGAUCGUGCCUGAACAAGAUGCAUAAAAGCAUAAAGCAUUCACUGUGACCUUUUUUCCUCCUACUUUAAUAAAUUUGGAAAUUCCUCAAAAUUCAAA